AGGGGACAUCUUUGGCUUGGUCAUGAUUUUUAUUAUUUAAUCUCUAACUUCCAGAAUCAGACUCUGUGUUUACUCAUGAAAAUGGGAGACAAUCUAGUAAAUAAUCCGUUACGUGAAAUGGCAAAAUGUGGUUAUCUGUUAUAACAUAUUAAUAAUAUCAAAAGUGGGUGACUUUUAAAAAAAGAUACAUUCAUAUAACAGAUUGUGUUAAUUAAUAUUUUUUGCUUUUUUUCAGAAUCUACUUGUAACACAAAAUUACUAACAAGUAAUUUACCCAUCUGUUCAGAAAUGAAAUGUCUUUUUUGUGACUAUCAGUCUACGUUUUAUUGUAAACCUCUGCAAGAUGAGCAUUUGUAAAAACAUGAGUUCAUAUAUUACAUACUAAUAACAAUAGUUAUUGUUAUAUUAAAUUUAUGUUUGUGCUGGUGUUCUAUAUUUCAUUUCCAGUAUCCAUCGGAGCUACCAUCCAUUCAUAUCAAGACUCCAAGGGGAUUAUCUGAAGCCCAUAUUGAAAGCAUUUUGGAAAACCUUAGAGAACUUGCAGAGGGUUGCCUAGGGAGGCCUAUGCUGUAUGAACUUAUUGAGUAUGCCAAGGAAAGUCUAACAGACAACAACACACCCAGCUGUGCUUGUGCCAUCUGCCUUUGUCACUUUCAGGAUGAUCAUGAAUUUACAAAGACAGAAUGUUAUCAUUACUUUCACUGUCGCUGUUUAGCAAGAUACGUAGAAUUUUCACUUCAACAAGAAAAGAAAACUGAAGAUGACACAAAGGUAGAAUGCCCUAUGUGUCGACUACCAAUCACGUACGACCUUGCAGAACUCAAAACUGUUGCUUCUAGUGCAGAGAAUGAUGAAGAGUUGAUUUACGAACCCAGUGCAGAAAUACGGGAACUGCAGAAGAAAAUGUCUUCAUUGCUUGAGAAACAGAAGCGCAAAGGCGGGGUCAUUGACGUGGAACAAGAAAGAAACAAAUUUUUGAUUGACAUAACAUCUGUCCGUCAAGAAGAAACUAGUCCAGAGAGCGAGCCCCCAACAGGGCCCGAAACGGACACAGUAACAAAGAACCCCAUAGUGGAAAACAUGGCAAAUACUGUUCCUAAGCGAGUAGACGCAGAAAAGGAAGCUAGUCAAGCAGAAAAUGUUAUGCGGAAGGACAAACCAGACAGGAUCGAGAAGAAAGAGUUUUCAAAAUAUUCGAGAACCUCUCGGGGGCCUCGGCGCCCCGUUGACAAAACUCGACAUCGAUCCAGUGGGGAGAAGUUUAAACAUUACGAGCAGAGAAGAACUGACAAGAAACGCCCGACAACAUGUGACAGACCUGAGAGUGUUGAAAAGGAGGAUAAAGAAAAAGAAUCCGCAAAAGAACCUGAUAAGCAAGGGAGUGACUGCGCCCUUUGGGCGGAAACUAAACCAGAUGGUAAUCGGACAGAGCUGGAAUCAGAGAAAAAAUACCCUGUUGUAGACACCACAGGGAAGGACUUAAGCAAAGACCCGGGGAAGGGCUCAGGGAAGGACCCAGGAAAGGGCCCAGGAAAGGACCAAGGAAAGGGCUCAGGGAAAGACCCAGAGAAGGACCCAGGGAAGGACCCAGGAAAGGGCCCAGGGAAGGACCCAGAAAAGGGUCCAGGAAAAGAUGCAGAGAAGGACACAGGAAAGGGCCCUAGGAAGGAUGAAGGAGGCGUUACGGGUAGAAGCAAUAAUAUCAAGUCAUCACAGAAUUCUUAUGGAGAGAGGCCAAGAUCUGCCAGGAGAGGUCGAGGAAGGUCCGGAAAAGGCAAGCCAUCUGCUGGCAGUGCAAACGAAUCCCGAGACGGUGUAAGAAAUGUAAAUAAUAGUUUUACUUUGUCCGGAGAAGUUGUCAAACGGCCCGAAAUGACUGGGCCAUUAGAAAGUAGCAAGCCUUCCUGUGAAGAAAAUGGACGCCCUCAAGCGCAAAAUAGUUCACAUGAAAUAAAUCCUUCUGGAGAGGAGGGACGUGUGAGUAAGAAGGGCAAGGUUGGCAAGCCUCCCCCUGGUUUUGAGAAUUUCCAGGCUGAUAAAGUGGGGCGCGAACAGUCUACCAAUGGUCAUCGACCCCCACCAGGGUUCAAACAACAUUCUACCAAACCCAGGCCUCCCCCUGGGCUUGGUAACCUAGCGGAAGGACCCGGUCAGAACACAAGUCAAUCAAUCGCAAGCUGACCAGUAGCAGCUUGCAACACUUAAUGCGGUGAAUCUUUAAAUUUAAAGAAGUUUUCACUAAGAAGACAGACUCCAUAACUAAUAUAAAAAAUGUAUGUAUUCUUUGUCUGGCCAGAAUAAAUUUUGUCUGCCUGACGAUCAUGAAUCAACACAAAUUCUAUGUUAAAAUCACUGAAGUAAAGUGCUUAUAAGAUGAUUUCUCUUUCUUGUUGUAAAGGUUUACCUUGCAAGUCAAGAGCUAUGAAAGUAAGACAGACGUACAUAAAAACAAAGAAACAAAAUCUAGGGACUACAGCAGGGAUGUUGCAUCUAAGAGAAGUGUGAAAUCUCAUUUGAUGGCAAAAUUCAUGCCCGCAUUCUUCGCCAUUCUUGUUCUUUUGUAGUUUAUAAUUUUACUACAAAGAGGGAUAUGUUGUUAAGGGACGUUUAUUGGUUCCCUAGAUAAUACGAGUUUCGAAAAAUUGUUUUCUAUCCCAAACAUGGCGGUAAAAAAGCUCUUUCCUUUUUAAAGAAGAACGUUUUUGGUAGCAACACAGAAUCCGCGCAGCAUGUUCAACCAUUGCAUUUAAGCGCACGGUUUCAGACCAAACAGAGCGAAGAGUACCUCGCACCCAAUCAGGAACAAAAGCAACCAUCAUUAGGUUUACGCCUGUUUCCCGCGCUUGCAACUAUUUUGCGAGUUCUGAUCGGUUUAUUGCAGUGUUUUAAAACUAAGUAAUGAUUGGCCAACAAUUUGUUGAUUUACGCGCGCUUUUCCGCGCUUGACGUCGGUUAUCUAUUUUGGGAGUUCUAAUUGGUUUAUUUUAGUGUUGUUGGCCGUCAGGCUGCUGGCCCACCCGCGUUUUCCCGCGCUUGGGCCCUUUGUGUAAUUUGCGAGUUGCGAUUGGUUUAUUGCAGUGCUUUUAAAUAACUGAUUGGCUCUCAGGCUGUCUGCAGGCGCUUGUAUUCUGCUAGUUCUGGUAGGUUUAUUGAGAGGAAACGAAGGCAUGAGAGAAAUAAACAAGACGAACUCGCUCGGACCUUGAAAAUUGAGUUUGAAAAUCAAAAUUCAAGGUCUUGAAAGUCCACCUUAACUGUUCGCUAAUGUCCUUAAAGAAAAUUGAGAUAAGGACUAACAAAGAAUUGAACGUAUCUGGAAGGUUGAGGGUCACAUUCCAAUGAUAUUUUUUAUAGUAUGGAGUCCUUAAAGUUGGUAUUGUGUCCUGGAAUGUCCUUCAAAAGUCCUUGAAUUUUUAGCCCAAAAAAGGAGUACGUGUCCUGACUCACUCCCACUGAAGGACUGUUCUAAGAACAACACUUCACGUAAUACUUGUGCAAAAUACUGUUUCUUUAUUUCACGUUGUAAUAAGGCUACAAAUUCAGUUACUCAAGUUUGCAGCUACUCCGCAAUAAAGAUACCAACUAGCAAAAGUGCAAAUUUCUUGAAAAAAGCGUCCUAAAUUAAGCGUGGUGCAAAUCAAGCUAUCAAA